AAAGGAUCACUGUGCAUUUAUAAUCUUGAAAAUGCACAGACAGGGGAGGAAGCAAACCUUUUAAACAAAAGGCACUUACACAAGUUAGUAUUAGUUUGGUCUGAUGAUUCUUCACAAGCAGAACAUGUUCUUGAAAAUCUUAAACCACAUAGCAAUCUUGCCCAUCAUGGUUGGGUGUUAACUUGUCUACCAAAAACUUGCAAGCUCUUCGUUUGGAUAGCAUACAGUGGAACAAAUUUCCCCCUCUAGGUGAGUUGUGGUUGGUUAAUGCGUCCGGUGAAGAAUCCUUGGGUUGUACAACAAGUCAGAGCUUUCAAAAAUUAAAAAGGUUAGAGCUGCUUGGCAUACCACAGCUAGCAAAAUGGGUUGGAAAUGAUGCUUCCCAUGUGUUCUCCCUGCUAGAGGUGUUCAUUAUAAGAGAUUGCCCAGAACUUAUGGAGUUGCCAUUUUCACAUUCAACUUGCCCUCGAUCAGGACAGGAGAUGAACUUGACCCAAUUCCCUACACUAAGGGAGCUUGAGGUUGUAAAUUGUCCAAAGCUGUCAUCAUUUCCUCACAUUCCUUGGACAAGCUCUCCAUGUCGUGUUCUUAUUGAUGAAGUGGGAUCAGAUUUUCAGCGGUUGGAUUACUCAAAAAAUAACCAAUCUGAAUUUUGCUUGAAAGUUGUGGGAAAGGAUGGCCAUCUAGAUAUGUCAUUCUGGAAUGUAUUGGCAUUUAGUAAUCUAACUGAACUGAAAGUGUUGUAUUUGAAGAAAUGUCCUCCUUUGCCACUGAAACAUCUCCUAGUGCUAUCAUGUUUGAGGAGUCCCACGAUACAUGAUUCAAGUAAUGUCUUGUUGAAUGUUGAAGCUGAGAACACUGUCGGCUACCAAUUUCAGAUUGAGGGUCUCAGUAUCGAUGACUGUAGCUGUAGCGGGAAGGAACUGACGCUGUUGCUGUCUCUUUUCCCCAAGCUGUCAAUGUUUUCAUUACAAGGUUGUGGGAAGAUAAGAGUGCUUGGUGUGGCGAAGGAGCAGACAAUGGCAAUGUCAGCAUUGUCGUCGUCACCUUCUGGUCAUAAGUUGGAGGAUGCACAUAUAGGACAGGAGCAGGAGCAGGAGCAACUAAGAGGAGAGGAUGAGAAAGCAGCAGCUGAUGCAGGACUGCUGCUCUUGCCUCACCAACUUCAGGAUUUGUACAUAGAGAAUAUCUCAAAGCUGAUCCUGCAGUUUGAUUCUCUCGUAGAUGGCAUGGCAGGAGGCUUAAGAAGCAUAGGAGGAGGAUUACAAGGCCUGCACUUCCUAAGAACACUCACUAUUCGGGGUUGCCCCAAUUUCCUCUCCUCCUACUACUCGUCCUCCUCCUCGUCUUGCUUCCCAUUUCCAUCCUCCCUGCAAUAUCUGCAUCUUGAUGGUGUGGGAGGCAUGGAGACUCUGGCGCCUCUCUCAAACCUCAGCUCUCUCACCAGAUUAACCAUACGGAAAUGUAUGGAUUUAAGAGGUGAGGACUUGUCUUCUCUCCUCGCCCAUGGCCAACUCACAAACCUGAACAUCUUCGAGACCCCCAAAUUCUUCGUCGGGUGUGGCUCUGACUCCUUGCGGCUGCAGUGCCUCCAAACAGAUGACAUCACAAAGGUCCUUGCCGCGCCCAUCUGCAGCCUCCUUGCUUCCUCACUCACCAGCCUAACCAUUAGUUGGAACGACGAGGUGGAGCGCUUCACAAAGGAGCAAAGCGCGGCACUUCUGCUCCUCUCCUCCCUCCAGGACCUUGAAUUUUGGUACUGCUCGGAGCUGCAGUCCCUCCCCACUGGGUUACACAGACUCACCAGCCUCAAGAGAUUAAAGAUCUGGUCCUGUCCAGCCAUCCGUUCGCUGCCCAAGGGCGGCCUUCCGAGUUCACUGGAAGUACUAGAUGUCCGUUCUAGCAACAACGAGGAGCUCAAAAGGCAGUGCCGCGACCUGAGAGGAACCAUUCCGAUCAUCAAAGACAGACGAUACUACUAAUCCAAGGCCUCCUUUUGGAUUAGGACAUGCCUUACCUUCACAGUUGUUUCCAUGCACAAUAUAAGUUAAUAAAUGACUUGUGCCUCUUCCACCGUGUGUAUUAUUACACAAAAACUGCUUGGUGAAAGCAUACAAGUUCAUCUCUGCAGCUGAUUGUUUGCAGGAGGUACUUAACAAUGUCAACAAUUUCAAAAGUAUGGUGGCUUCACCUGGAGAGUUCUCUCCUGCUCAAUUGCCUGCAGUUGGUGUGGCCUGCAAUUCCAUGACAAAUGAGUCAAGGAGGCUGAUGUUUACAAAGGACAUUUUCCACAACUUAGAAAGGAAGGAGUGGAUGAACUGAACAUGCAGCUCUGGUAGAAGUUCACAACCUUUCUUCCUUGUAACCACAGCUGCAAGUCUCAGGUCUGCAACAGCAGGUCGCAUGCCCCUGUUUGUUCUAGUGCUUGCAGUUAUUUAAUCAGCUCCAUUACAAUCACAUGCUCUUACUCCAUGGAAACUAUUAAAGUAAUAGCAUGCUUAGUUGGAGAGGAUCAAAGAGGACUGGAAGAGUAUCAAGCAAGGGCAAAUCUACAGGUCAUCAGUGACCUGUACGCAUACAGAUUGCCUAAUCCUUUGAUCCUUAUCUGGGGUUAUCUCCGGUGCAUCUCGAGCUGGAACACGCCACUUGCUAUAACAAAUACGCAGAUAUGUAUAUAGCGCGCGAAGGUGCUCUGAACCCAAGUUUACCCAAUGAACAGCGUCAACGGAGCAGCCGUCAGAAUCAGGAUAACUCGAAGGAGGAGGUUGAUUUGGUUGAUUUGGUUGAUUUGGUCCCUCGACUUUUAAUCAAUGCUUACUUUAGUCCCUCAGUUUUCAGAAGAGUCUGUUUGUGUGUAAUUGGAUCAAAUUUAUCCUUCUGUUUGUGUGGCGUGAUGAGGGAAUUUAUAUGGCUCGUCUCUAAAUCUAUUUUUUUUA